GCCUCUGCGUUCUGGACCCACCUUCCCAGCUGCUCAGAGUCCUUGUCCUGGGCAGCAUGGCCUCCUCCUGCACUUGACCUCUUUCCCYCUCCACUAUGCUCACUAAGUAUGUGCCAUAUUUCCAAAAUCCUCCCAGGUAAUAUGCAUGAAUUUUGGUCCUUAAUAGCUAAACUGCAUUCACAUGAACUGCGUUCUAUCACGUGUGUGGUGGGAUCUCCACAAAUGUUUUUCAGGUGGAUAGAGACCAGAUAGUUGAACAUCAGUGUGUAACAUCUGUCCUGUGUCUUUCAAAAUCAUUAUUCUAAUUCAUGUUAAUCAUUUAGUUUACUCAUUUAUCAUUCUGGUUAAUGGUUUUUCAAAAAAUCAUUUCCACAGUGGGAUCUAGAAAUAUUUUCUUUUGAAAYGGAAGAUGUGUAAAACCCAAAGCGAGAAACAGUUAAGGUACUAGAACUGUAACAACCAGGGGCCCAGUACCGGGUCCUGUAGCCUUUAGGGUAAUUCACUUUGAGGCCAGAGGUUGCUUCUUGAGCCUGGACGGUCUUGGGAUCUGAGCUGGGAGGUUUGGUCCUGUUUGAAUGGGAGAUCUCUAACAGAGACUGCACUCUGCUAACCCCAGAGACAUGAUYUCUGAAUAGACACCUUGGUCGAGACGUGUAGAUCACUUGAUUUUUAGGAAUUACUGUGGACGAAGAGGAGCAUUAAUCUCUCCGGUUGAAUGAUUCCAUUUUGACGUGACCUGGCAGGCUGAGUCUUCAGAGCCAGAUGGGGUUUCGCCCAGGAGCCAAGACUGAGUAAUGUGAGGAGGGGAAGGAGGAACAACGACCUUGCUCUGUCACCAAGGGACCUGUCUUGAAGUGCGCAGCCGCUCCUGCACACCCAGUGGAGUGGGACGGGAAGCCACUGAUGGAGACUCCUCCCUCCCAGGGUCCAGGCUCGCCCUCGGGCUGGAGGGAAUCCGGGGCGGGGCKGGGCGGGCCACAGACCCAACCCAAACCAGGCUCCACCCCUCUGUGCGGGCGCCUCAGACUGAAGUUGGAGGCCAGUCUGGCAGAGCUGGCUCACGCCAUCCGCCUGCUCCUGGAAUACACAGACUCAAGCUAUGAGGAGAAGAGAUACACCAUGGGGGACGCUCCCGACUAUGACAGAAGCCAGUGGCUGAGUGACAAAUUCAAGCUGAGCCUGGACUUUCCCAAUCUGCCCUACUUGAUUGAUGGGCCUCACAGGAUCACCCAGAGCAACGCCAUCCUGCGCUACMUUGCCCGCAAGCACAACCUGUGUGGGGAGACAGAAGAGGAGAAGACUCGUGUGGACAUUUUGGAGAACCAGGCUAUGGACUCUCGCAUGCAGCUUGGCAGGCUUUGCUACAACCCUGACUUUGAAAAACUGAAACCUGAGUUCUUAGAAGAUCUCCCUGAGAAGAUGAAGCUUUACUCACAGUUCCUAGGGAAGCACCCAUGGUUUGCAGGGGACAAGAUCACCUUUGUGGAUUUCCUCGUUUAUGAUGUCCUUGAUGUACACCGUCUGUUUGAACCCAAGUGCCUUGAUGCAUUCCCAAACCUGAAGGACUUCAUGUCCCGCUUUGAGGGCCUGAGGAAGAUCUCUGACUACAUGAAGUCCAGCCGCUUCCUCUCCAGGCCUAUUUUUGCAAAGAUGGCCCUUUGGAAUAAAAAAUAGUAAACUGUCAUGCCAAGGUUAAAUGGGGAUCCAAGGUUGCCCCUGCUGUUCUGGGCCCGGGGCACAACUAACUCUCAGCACCCUGGCAUCUGUCUUCUCAUUCCCUUCUUCUUUCUACAACCUUCUCCUCUGCAAGGCCUCAUUGCCUUCCUUUUCUCCUAAUCAACCCCUUGUCUAGUAAAUCCACUGUACGUUACAGCUCCCCUUCCUUAUCCCUAUCCUAAAUCCAACCAGACAGUCCUCAGCUCUGCUUGGAGGAGCAUGACUGAGUCCAUGCUCCCCUGCACUGCCCCAACUCCASUACUACCUGGUGAGCUGGCUCUGGUCCCCAGCAUGGCAGCUGCCCAGCCCUGUCUGACCCCAAUAAAGU